CGCCAGCCGCCGCCGCCGCUCGGCCCCGGCCCCGGCCGGGCGGGGACUUGGCAGGAACUCCCGGCGAGCAGCGAGCGCGCCUGCCCCCGCUGCCCGCCGCCGCUCCGCUGCGGCGUAAGGGCGGAGGAGGAAGGUCUGGGCUCGGCCGAGGAGCAGCAGCCGGGGAGGAGGAGGCAGGAGGGAGAGAGACGGAGAGGCGGCUGGAGCCCCCCAAAGUGCCCCCCCAUCCCUGCACUGCAGGCUACCUUUCCAGCUUCAUGGGCAAAGUGUGGAAACAGCAGAUGUACCCCCAGUACACCACCUACUACUACCCCCAGUAUCUGCAGGCGAAGCAGUCCAUCGUACCAGCCCACCCAAUGGCUCCUCCUAGUCCCAGCACCACCAGCAGUAAUAACAACAGUAGUAGCAGCAGCAACUCAGGAUGGGAUCAAUUAAGUAAAACGAACCUGUACAUCAGGGCACUGCCUCCAAACACCACUGAUCAGGACCUGGUUAAGCUAUGCCAACCGUAUGGGAAAAUUGUAUCCACAAAGGCUAUUUUGGAUAAGACAACAAACAAAUGCAAAGGUUAUGGUUUUGUAGACUUUGACAGCCCAGCAGCUGCUCAGAAGGCAGUUUCCGCUUUAAAGGCUAGCGGGGUCCAGGCGCAAAUGGCAAAGCAACAAGAACAAGACCCAACUAACUUAUACAUUUCCAAUUUGCCACUUUCAAUGGAUGAGCAGGAGCUUGAGAACAUGCUUAAACCAUUUGGGCAGGUUAUCUCUACGAGGAUACUGCGUGACUCUAGUGGGACAAGCCGUGGAGUUGGCUUUGCAAGGAUGGAAUCAACAGAAAAAUGUGAAGCAGUGAUUGCUCAUUUUAAUGGAAAAUUCAUAAAGACACCAGCAGGAGUUUCUGUUCCUGCAGAACCUUUAUUGUGCAAGUUUGCAGAUGGAGGACAGAAAAAGAGACAGAAUCAGAAUAAAUAUAUACAGAAUGGAAGAGCAUGGCACAGAGAAGGCGAGGUGAGACUUGCUGGAAUGACACUUACUUAUGAUCCAACCACAGCUGCUUUACAAAAUGGAUUUUAUCCUUCGCCCUACAGUAUUACAGCAAACAGAAUGAUCACUCAAACAUCUAUUACGCCAUAUAUUGCUUCUCCAGUUUCCACAUACCAGGUUCAGAGCCCUUCUUGGAUGCAGCCUCAACCAUAUAUAAUGCAGCACCCUGGUGCUGUACUGACUCCCUCCAUGGACCAUACCAUGUCACUACAGCCUGCAUCAAUGAUAAGCCCUCUGACACAGCAGAUGAGUCACCUUUCAUUAGGCAGUACUGGAACAUACAUGCCAGCCACAACAGCUAUGCAAGGAGCUUACAUACCCCAGUACACACAUGUUCAGACAGCAGCGGUUCCUGUUGAGGAAGCCAGUGGUCAACAGCAGGUUACAGUGGAGACAUCCAGUGACCAUUCUCCAUACACAUAUCAGCAAAAUAAGUAACUGUGAGAUGCCCAGUGUUGACCUGGCCUGGAGAAAGGUGCAAAGGCUGAAACAAUCAUGGAUUUUACUGAUCAAUUGUGCUUUAGGAAUUAUUGACAGUUUUGCACAGGUUCUUGAAAAUGUUAUUUAUAAUGAAAUCAACUAAAACUAUUUUUGCUAUAAGUUCUAUAAGGUGCAUAAAAAAACCUUAAAUUCAUCUAGUAGCUGUUCCCAUGAACAGGUUUAUUUUAGUAAAAAAUAAAAAAAUUUUUAUCAAGUGUUACGACGCAAAAAAAGAAAAUUCAAAUUUCUGGGUAUGCACAGAUGACCACGAAGACUUAUUCACGUGCAUGACAGAAUUUGUGUUUUGGUUUAUUUUUAUUUUGUUUGUUUCUUUUUUUUUAAUUGUAUGAAAUGGAUUUUCUGAAGUUUAAAAUAGUAAAACAUCUAAGACGAUGUUCUGUGCUUGCAGUGUGUGAGUGUUGCUUUAGUGCAGUGUUGCAGUUAUAGUGUCUGGUCUUUUAGCUUUCUGUUUUUCUUUUAAUGUAGUGUGAAGUGUCUUAUCCUUUUCUAUGAAUUCCAAUUUGCCUUAAAUCUUUCAAUGCUGUAGCUGUUUCAGUAAGUAGUCCAAACUAAUGGUGUAGAAUGCUUUGACCAAAUGAGCUGGUCUAUUAUGCCUUGUAAAACAGCAGCAUAGGGCUUUUAAAGGUAGUCAAUAAAAAUUGCUGAAAAUUUGGCUUUUUU